AUGGAAAAUGAGAAAGAUACAACUAAUAUCGAUAAAGUGGCAAAUGCUACACAAUACAUAAAAAUUUGUGAAAAAAAGACUUGUUUUAAUAUAAAUAACAAGUUAUCGGAAUUACAUCCAAAUUUAAGUAAACAUCAACUAAAAAAAGUAAAAAAAAAAGAAAGAUGGUUAAAACGAAAGGUUGAGCUAAGAUUACGAGAACGGGAGAAAGCAAGGCAAAAACGAGCAUUUGCUCGUGCAAAUAAUAUAGAUCUCGGACCAUCUAGGAAAGCUUUGAAAAAAAGUACAAUGGCAGAUAGUAGUUGUAAAAUUGGAGUAACUAUUGAUUUGUCUUUUGAUGAUUUAAUGAUUGAUAAAGAUAUUGCAAAAUUGACUAAACAAAUAUUAAGAUGUUAUACCUUGAAUAGACGAGCUAUUGCACCAAUGCAAUUUUCUCUUACCAGUUUUAAUGGAAAAUCAAAAGCAGAUAUGCAGAAGCAUAAUGGAUAUGAACAUUGGGAUGUAAAAUUUCACGAGGAAUCUUAUUUGAAUAUUUAUCCAAAGGAAAAAAUUAUAUAUCUUUCUAGCGAAUCAGAAAAUGUUAUUACUCAACUAAAACAUGAUUAUGUGUAUGUUAUUGGUGGUCUUGUUGAUCAUAAUAGUCAUAAGGGUCUCUGUCAUAAGUUAGCUGUACAAGUUGAAAUAAAACAUGGUAGAUUACCUUUAGACAAAUUUUUACGUAUGAAGGCAAGAAAAGUUUUAACUGUUGAUCAUGUGUUUGAAAUUCUGCUUAGAGUCAGUGAAGGAAAAACAUGGCAAGAAGCAUUCUUACAAGUUUUACCAGAAAGAAAGAAUGCACAACUAAUUGUACCAUCAGGAGAUUGUAAAGGCACAUCAGACAUGUAUGAUGAUAAAAAAGAUAUUUUUGGCACAAAUAAUGAUGUAAAAUCAAAAGACAAAAUUAAUGAAUUUGAUAAUGUAAAUAAUGUAUGUAUAUAA